AGUCAGUGCCCCCUCUCUCGAACCUCUCUCUGACUCUCUCCUUUAUUUGUAUUUAACUCAAAAAACGAAAACUUAAAUUAGGGAUUUCGAAAAGCCAUGGCUCUUAACUUGUCAACAAUGGCGACCUAACUUUUCUGAUUCUCACAAACCAUCUUUUUGAUUUCCCUGAAACUCCAGAUCUGUGAGAAACAAACUCGUGGGUCACUUUAAAGAUUGGAUUUUUUUGGAUCAGACGAUGUGGUCAGUGGUGGGUUUAGUAAGACGUACGGCUAUGUCCACCGUGAGUAAAGCUUCUCCGGUUAGGACUUUGCUUGGUGGGUAUAGGUGUCUCAACGGUGAAUCUAAGGAAGAAGAUAUGACUGUUUCUGAAGCUAAGAAGCUAAUGAGAUUAGUGAAUGUUGAAGAUAUGAAGAAGAAGCUUAUUGGUAUGGGUGAUAAAGAGAUGGUUUCUUAUAGUGCACUUAUUGAAGCUUCUCAAGGUUUAGGUAUCGCUAGAUCUCUUGAUGAAGCUCAUGCUUUUGCUCGUGUUCUUGAUGAUGCUGGUGUGGUUUUGAUUUUUCGUGAUAAAGUCUAUCUUCAUCCUGAUAAGGUGGUGGAUUUGAUUAAAAAGGCAGUUCCUUUAGGUUUGAAUCCUGAUGCUGGUUUGAUUAGAGAUGAGUUUGAUAAGAUGAGAAGUAUGAAGGAAGAGAUUGAUGUGUUAGCUCAUCAACAAGUGAGGAAGAUUCUAUGGUGUGGUCUUGGUUACUCUGUGGUCCAGAUUGGAAUAUUCAUUAGGCUAACGUUUUGGGAGUUUUCUUGGGAUGUGAUGGAACCUAUAACUUUUUUCACUACAGCUACUGGUAUUAUUGUUGGUUAUGCUUACUUCUUGAUGACUUCAAGAGACCCAACGUAUCAAGAUUUCAUGAAAAGGCUGUUCCUUUCUAGGCAGAGGAAGUUGCUCAAGAGUCAUAAGUUUGAUGUUGAGAAGUUUAAGGAACUUGAGAACAAGUUGAAGGUAACGUCUUGCUCUAACUCUUCGUGCCACGCAAAUGCUUCGAUUUGGAAUCGUGUUGGUGUUGAUCUUGAUUUGGAGGAUUCUUUGCAGAGUCGUCACAGAGAUUGAUUUGGCUUUUUUUAUGAUCCACUCAUCAGUUUCUGGUUUCCUAACCAAAAUUUUCUCUUUUGAUUACAUACUUAACCAAAAUUUUCUUCUCUCUAUCAAGUUUGAUUAUUUGAUCCUAAUCUUGAGCAACUGUUAUCUAAAUCUUAAUCUUUGAAAGCUUA